AGAUUUAUAAACUUAGCUCCAUCAUUAUACUAAAUAUUUACUCAGUCACAGUUGCAUCUUAAGUUUCUGCUGUUGAUGGGGUGGUGUGAACUACCUCCUCUGUUUCGAAUAGGAUCAGCCAUAAGAAUUUUAGGAAGAUCUGGAUAAGAAUGCUUCUUCUAGCUGUAAAACAUCAUUCUUUUGGUUUUCACCUUCUUUUAUCUAUCUUAUCAAUGACUUCCUUCCAACAUUGCUGCAUUUGAAAAUAUUGCAGAUAGAGUGGUAGAUAUUAGGUAGGAGUAAGUAGCAAUCAACAGCUGGGGUUUACACAUUCAUCUCCCUUUUAACAUAUUUGUUGCCUUCUUUGACUGCAAUUAAACUAUCUUUUAUUUCUUGUCUUCUCAAUAAUGUAUUUCCGUCUACAAAACUCACUGAAACUCUGCUAAAAUUUCUUGAGUAAGUUCAAAUCUAGGGAUAAUUGGCCUGAUUCGCAGUUGUGCCUGGUACACAGAUUUAGAUCCAAUGCCCCCAGGAUUAAACAAACCAAUUUCCAGAUUUUUGUAGUUCUUUAUCAGUAUCUACAAAUGAUAAUCGCUUCCUGACUUUAUACUAGUAUCUGUAAAGUCCCUUUAGUGGGUUCAAACCACAAAUUAUCAAAUGUGACAAGAUAUUGGAGCAUCUAAAAACAAGAUAUUUUCAACACUGGCAGCAAAAAUGUUUGGCUGUUAUAAGAAAAGUCAUGCAUAUGAGGGUGGUAAAGAAGGUUAAAGUCGCUUAUCAAAACCUCAUGUUCGUAGAAACAUUCUUGCUGAGCAAGGCAAGACUGUUUAUUAUCUUUUCACUACACGUAAUUAUGUGUUAAGAAAAUAUUGCACGAAACUCCCUCCGUAAAAAUUUGAGUAACCACACUUUUCGACUGAAUCAUUGAGUUUAAACACAGAUACAUGAACAUAUUUUUAUAAGUCUUACAUGUUCAAAUCCUGCGCCUAAAUUAAAUAUAUGUUUUCUGACAUCAUGUUAUUAGUUGCCACCACAUGUGUCUCUUUUCCUUAACUAACAUAUUCCAAUGCAGCUCCUCCGUCUGAACCAUCCGGCCAAAACGUCCAAAAACCACGUGUAACAUACUUCUAGAUUUUGAACAGCCACCAUUUUGAACCAUGCUAUAACAGUAUAAUUUGUGUUUGACUUAACUCAAUAUUAUAUACGCAUCCUUCACGAACUUCCCCAAAAACAAUAAUUUCCUGUUCCACUAUCUCAUUAUUUUAAAGUGUAUGAAACAUGAAAAAAUAAUUUAUUCGGCUGCUAUUGCUAAAGCCUCAAAUCUCAGAUUAUAAUUUUAUUUUUCAAACGUUGUCAAAGUCCAAGUCAAACAAAUUCAUCUUCAUGUUCUUUUUUCUUUUCCAUUCUUCUCACUUCGUUUAAAGUUCAAAUCCUAGGACCAUAGUUCAUAGGACUGCCACCAGGGACGAACAAUAAACCAUGUUGUCCCUGUCGUUGACCACCACCACCACCAUUGUAGCCAUCAUCCUCAUCUUCUCUCUCCACCACACUACGUCGUUGCCACCCUAUGCACCACUCUCCACCUGCCAACUCACCUCCUUCAACUGCGGCACCAUCACCAACCUUUCCUACCCUUUUACCGGCGGCGACCGCCCCUCCUUCUGUGGGCCACCACAGUUCCAUUUGAACUGCCAAGACGGUGUCGUCCCCGUGUUGAACAUCUCAUCAGUGAGCUACCGAGUCCUCAGUAUCAACUCGGUGGCUCAGACCCUCACCUUAGCGAGAUUAGACCUUUGGAACGAGACAUGCACGAAAGUUUACGUGAACUCAACUUUUGAUGACCCCAUCUUCGGCUAUGGUUUGGGGAACCAAAACCUGACCUUGUUUUAUGAGUGCAAACCCACCUCAGCGUUCACCGAAAAACCAAAAAAUCUGUUUCACUGCGAGAGUAAUGGAGCUUUGAAUGAGUCUUAUGCUUUGGUUGGUUCUUUACCUUCGGAUCCUAUUCUUGGAAUUGUUGAAUGCGUUCAACAUAUUUCGGUUCCAAUCCUUAAAGAGCAGGCUGAUAGGCUGGUGGAAAACCGGUCUUUGCUUCGGGAGAUUCUGAUGAAGGGGUUUAACGUGAACUAUUGGAAUCCUUAUGAGAGUGUGUGCCUUGAGUGUGUCAGUUCUGAUGGCCAUUGUGGCUUUGAUUCUGAUAAGAACCAACCUAUUUGUAUUUGUGAGGACCAAUUGUGUUCAACUCCAGGUAAACGCAACAAUGUAGGUGUAGCAAUAGGCGCUACUGUAGGAGGAGUUGCAGCCCUUGUUGUCAUUCUUGGAUGUGUGUACUUUAUGAUACAAAGAAGAAGAAAAAUUUAUCAAAAAUCAAGAAGUAUGGAGCUCUUCAUAGCUCCAACUUCAAGCGGAGACACUUUUGCAUCAACAACUAUCACGUCUCAAAGUCUAUCUUCUUACCAAUCUUCCAAUCCAGUAACCAGGAGUUACUACUUUGGUGUCCAGGUCUUUACCUAUGAGGAAUUGGAGGAAGCUACCAAAAACUUUGAUGCUUCUAGAGAACUUGGUGAGGGAGGUUUUGGCACUGUUUACAAAGGUGAACUCAAAGAUGGACGUACAGUUGCAGUGAAACGCCAUUACGAAAGCAACUCUAGGCGUAUUGUGCAGUUCAUGAAUGAAGUUCAGAUUCUAGCCCGCUUAAGGCACAAGAACCUUGUGACACUCUUUGGUUGCACGUCUAAACAUAGCAGAGAACUUCUCCUUGUCUAUGAAUUCAUACCUAAUGGAACAGUGGCAUAUCAUCUUCAAGGAAGAGGCUCAAAAUCAACUUUACUCCCUUGGCCUAUAAGAUUGAACAUUGCUGUUGAAACGGCUGAGGCUCUAGCCUACCUACAUGCAAAUGAUGUCAUACACCGUGAUGUUAAAACCAACAACAUUCUCUUGGAUGAUCAAUUUUGCGUCAAGGUUGCUGAUUUUGGUCUCUCGAGGGAUUUCCCAACUGAUGUCACUCAUGUGUCAACAGCUCCACAGGGAACACCUGGUUAUGUUGACCCUGAAUAUUACCAGUGCUACCAGCUCACUGAUAAAAGUGAUGUUUACAGCUUUGGAGUGGUUUUGGUUGAGCUUAUAUCAUCACUGCAAGCUGUGGACAUCAACAGGAAUCGCAGUGAUGUGAACUUGUCAAACAUGGCUAUAAAAAAAAUUCAAAACCAGGAACUGCAUGAAUUGGUUGAUCCUUAUCUUGGGUUUGAGAAGGAUCCUGCUAUGAGGAGGAUGACAACAGCAGUGGCAGAAUUGGCCUUUAGGUGUUUGCAACAGGAAAGAGAUUUGAGACCAUGCAUGGAUGAGGUGGUGGAGAUCUUAAGAGGAAUCAAGAGUGAUGGGCUUGGUGGACGGGAAGAGACAGAAAUAUUGGAUAUAAGGACUGAUGAAGCUAUACUUUUGAAGAAGGCUCAUUCUCCUGUUUCACCAAAUUCAGUUGUUGACAAUUGGGUUAGCGGCUCCUCUGUAUCUAAUUCCUCAUAGUUUCUAAGCUUUAAUUUUUGCUAUUGGUGAAGAUCUAGUUAGAUAGUGAAACUUGUGUCAGUGAGCUAGUUUAGAAAGCUUCUGUUUUGAACUUGGUAUGUUAUUAUGAUGAUGAGAAGGUGAAUUCACUGCUGAUUCAGAAAAUGUAAUAUGCAUAGGGGUCAGAUAAAUACAUAUAUAUUCAUAUUUAUUUGGAGGUGUAAAUAUUCUAGUGUGUUUGUAGCUAAGAUGUAUUUUUUGAAAAGAAUUGUGUUACUCGUACAAGAUUUGUACAUUGUAAAUAUUCUCGUGUGUUUGUAGCUAAGAUGUGUGAAGUUGUAUUGAAAUGCAUGUUCUGAUAAAUUAAAAAUAGUCUUCUAGCAGUAUACCAAGUCUUAGUUUCUGACAAAUAAAUGUUUACUAGAAUCCAUUGAAUUACCUUGAGACAGGGUGAGAGGAAGAAGCAUUUUUUUUAGUAUUAUCUGUUGGAUUUGGAUUACUGGUGUUAUUGUAUCAUGCUGUCUCAUGUUACCUUGCAUAGGCAGAGACAGAAUAAUUAGUUCUAUGUAUAGGCUCUACUCCACACAAAUGAUACAUAGCAUAUAGCAUGUGUUACCUACAGUAAUUAGUUUGUGUCCUUUACCAUUCGGUAGAGAAAACAU